CUCUGACCGACCUGGACGACGUUGACUCUAGGCUUCAACGACUUACGUUCUGCAAUCGACCUCUAUCUUCAGCUUAAACAUCUACAUGCUCAGCAGCCAUGUUUGAUCCACUUAGCUCAACUUUUGGCGAAGAGCCUGCACCUCCAUGGCCAACGACACCACAUUCCCCGUUCGACCCCAUACCUAACCUCCCACGGCCUUCCAAUUCACGACCAGAAACACCGGAUAGACUUGGUACUUCUGGGCUAUAUGGAAAGGAGCCACAAAUAUACGGCCAGCCUGAACCUGGUCUCAUCUCGCCUCGUGUUACCACUGGCUCAAAUGGUACGAAGUUUGAGAAACUGGAGCCGUAUCUGAGAGUGCGUAUUACCGGACUGGACAGGAAUCGACGAGACAUUCUCGUCAAGUUUGAUGCCCAAACGAACCUGUCCAAUUUUACUGGAACGACCUAUCGCAAUGUCUCGCGGUCAUACUUCGAGUUCCAACAAUUCUACGAAGCCAUCAUCAACAAUAAUCCGCAAACCAUCAUACCUGCUUUACCUCUCGCGCAAACAUCUGCCCCUACAGACGAAGAAGAUGACCGGCUGGUCAAGAUCAUGCUCCAGCGCUGGCUAACCAGGAUUUGCGAAGACCCGAUUCUGAUCACAGAAGAGGAAGUCCGUUCAUUCAUUGAGAGCGACUUCGGGUACCAGCCUACUCCCAAUACACGAAAGAAGACUUCUUCUGGUUUUAGCCUCAUUCGUCGUGGCGUACCUGAUGAGGAUGAAGAGUUGCAGAGGGCUCGCUUCGAGCUGACAAAGUUAGAGACUCAAUUCUUUGACGCUGCAAAGGCUAUUGACAAAUUGGCCAAGUCAAGAAAAGUUUUAGCAAACGUUCGAGCCGAGAUGGGCAACAAACUCGUUAAUGUAGCAACGACAGAAGCUCAUCCGCCACUUGGAAAUGCCAUGCGAAAGCUUGGAAGGGCUUUUCAUAGUCUGUCAGACCUUGACCAAGCGCAGGCUAUGAGUGAAUGCGUCAUCAUUGGCGAUUCAUUAGGAUACCAAGGACUUAACGCCCGAUCGGCGAAGGAAACCUUGCAGCAACGAACGGGCGUCCUUGAAGAAUACCAGGCUGCUGUGAAAACUACCAUCUCCAAACGGCGCAAUAUUGAACGCCUUCAAGCAAGUUCAAGCAUUAGGGGGGAACGUGUCGAUGAAGCUAUCCGGGAUAUGGAGGAGGCGAGUCGCUAUGAGCAAAUUCUUGCUCGUCGUGCUGAAGGCAUCUCACAAAACCUGCAUUGUGCUUUGGAUAGGCACAAGAAGCUCGUAGCAGACGACAUCACAUCUGCCCUCGUCGAGCAUGUUCGAUCAUCCAUAAUGUAUGAGAGGCAGCAUCUACGAGAACUGGAAGCUUUGCGUACAGAUAUCAGCAAGGCCGCGGACAAGGUGGUCCAGAACAAGCCAGCGGUUGUUCCACGACCCCCAGUAAUACCCAAGUUGGAAGAUGAUGUGAAACCUCCCAUCCAGAGACCAGCUUCUGCUGCACCGACAUCUGCUCCUUCUUCUGUUGGUACGAGGUCAGCAUUUGCAGCACCUACCAGUUCCAUUCCCCCGUCUCCCAUUGCACACCGCCCCACCAUUUCAUCGGGACUCCCGCCACCUUCUGUCUCGGCAUCGAUGUAUGCAACUUUACCACCUAGCAAGCAAGCGCCGCUGCCACCUCAGUCUCCUGGUGCUGGUCCUUCUUCACCGACACCCCAGCAAUCGGCAUUUGCUCCUCCACUUAUGGACGGACCACCGCUUGGAGGCCGAUUCGUAGAUGGAACGAAAUCGAUGUUCGUCAAACACACACCUUCACCGCUUUCGCCGUCUCCCUCUACUACGUCCUCACAAACACCAUCGAAGACAACUGGCUUCCAGUCGCCAUUACAUACCCCCGCAACUAUUGGUCCACCGAAUCCCCUGGGGCAUUCUGUAUCUUCGCCACUCGACUCAUCCUCUACACGCAUGAACGGACGCACCGAUGACGAACUCGACCCAUUGGGUCUGGCAAAACCUCACAAGAUGAGUGCCUCUAUGCGAGUACAACCCACUCGACCAAAGUUGGAUGCACGAGAAGCCGCGAGCAAGCUUGCUAAUAUGUUCUAGAGGGAUAACCUCAGAUUUCUUCCUCUCUGCAGCUGUCACUCCAUUCAUUUGCUUUUCAUUCUCAUGGACUACGUCGUUGGAUACCUUACUGUUCUCCUGCUUCUAUUAGGGCUUGACGAUACGGUACAUAUCAUGUGUACUUUCGCGAAGCUAUAUGCUACAGUAAUGAUAUCCCGCACAUAUGUGGUCAGGUUCAGGGGAUGUUGGUCGUCAUCCGUUCGUAUGUCCAAGCCUAUAAGCGUAUCUCUUUUAUCAGAGCUGAACCCUAAGCAUGUCAGGCUUGCGAGUCGUUGUGCUAUUGACUACAUGAAAUUUCUCUUGUCGCCCUCUGACAAACUCCCAACCCCCUUUAUCGUCGACCCAAUGAGCAUCUUCUUCUAUCCUGAACCUCAAAGUCUCGUUUCUCUCC